UAUGUUCUCUUCCCUUGUGUCUUUAUUCUUGAUCUCUUCCCAUAUAUAUGCAAGCAUAGCUAUAUAUAUAUAUAAUCGUAAAUCACAAAACUUUCCAUUUUUUGGAAUCGCUAAAAGCUGCUGGAGUCUCGCCGGUGGUGAUCACAAAUCCGAAGAAUUCUCUCUCUCCCCCCUCUCUCUCUCUCUCUCUCUCUCUCUCUCUCAAGAAUGUGUGACGUUUGAGUGAUGUUCGCUAUCUCUAGCUUGAUUCUCCGAAGCAGAAUUCAAGGGAUUUGAGAGAUUUGACUCUUUUUCUUUGUCACUCUGUUUUUGAAGCUAAAAAGGGACUAAAAUAGGUAACUUCGGUGAUAUUUCAAUCGCCAUUGAAGAGAGCUCUAGAUUUUUAGCUUGUUUUGGAGGCAGUAAAUCACUGGACACAGAGACACCUUGCUUUGUUUUUAAGGUAAGGUAGAAAAAUAGAAAAAGGUUGUUUAAAGAAGAAAAACAAAAAUGCUGACGUGUAUUACAUGCUCGAAGCAAAAGAUCGAGGACGACGAGGAAGUGGUGCGCGGAACACCUAGUACAAAAGACGCGGUCAAAGGCCUGACCACGCAGAUCAAGGAUAUGGCAUUGAAAAUGUCGGGUAACUACAGGAAGCCUGGUACAGGCACUAGUAGCUAUAAGAAAGGGCAGCGGUCUUUCCCAGACUUCGACACCAUCUCAGAAGGGGUCCCCUACCCAGGAAGCUCGAGCUCAACACCUGCAUGGGAUUUUACUACCACAGGCCACAACCUGGCUGGUGGUUCUGAUUCAAGGUUUGCCCGGUCAUAUGGUGGUGACCGUCCCUCUGUAGGAUUAGAAUCUAUCUGUAGCAGGUCUAGUGAAGUCGUGCUAGAGGAUGAGGAUGAGCCCAAGGAGUGGAUGGCACAGGUGGAGCCCGGCGUGCAAAUUACUUUUGUGUCUCUUCCUAAUGGUGGGAAUGAACUCAAACGAAUCCGCUUCAGCCGAGAAAUGUUUAAUAAAUGGCAAGCUCAACGAUGGUGGGGUGAGAACUAUGAUCGAAUCAUGGAGCUCUACAAUGUUCAGAGAUUCAAUCAGCAAGCUCUUCAAACUCCCCUAAGGUCUGAGGAUGAGCCAAGAGAUUCUACUUACUCAAGACUAGGAUUGGCUAGGGAAAGUCCAAUGAUGACUCCAUCACUAAACAAAGAAUGGGUGCCAAGAAACUAUUAUAAACCUUCAGAUCAAGGAGGCAGCCACUACUACAAUGCUGGGUCAAGUAAUUAUGGUGCUGGUGGCCCAGCAUCAAUGGACGCGUCACGUACAACAACCUCCUCUAGAGAUGAGAAUUCGGUUUCAAUUAGCAAUGCCAGCGACGUAGAAUCAGAAUGGAUUGAGGAAGAUGAGCCUGGGGUGUACAUUACCAUCAGACAGUUAGCUGAUGGCACUAGAGAGCUGCGGCGUGUCAGAUUCAGCCGAGAAAAGUUUGGAGAGGUGAACGCGAAGACCUGGUGGGAAGAGAAUAGGGAGAGAAUACAAGCACAAUACCUUUGAUGAAUUAUUGGUGUUCACAUUGCAAUGCUUGUCUGCAAUUAGAGCACAGUUUCUCUGGAAAUGGAAUCAUUCUACAUUUCUGCUUCUCAGCAUGUUAUGGAGUCACCACAGAUUGGAUUAUCGCUUACCAUAGUCGGGAAUUGAAAUGGCAUUCUUGUCCUAAAAUGCUAUAAUCAUUAAUCCUUGACAGGUAUUUUUGUGAUGAUGAUUCAGUCUAUACUGUGGGGUUAUCCUAAUAGAUAGAGACAUUAAUUUGAAUGAAUGCAAUGUGAGGACAUGUAGUAUAGGUUUGGUUUCUAGAGGCCUUUUUAUUUUAUUUUAUUUGUUUUUUUGUUAUUAUUAUUAUUAUUUUUUGUUCUUUUUGCCUUUAUGAUCUUCAGAGUUCAUACCAACAAUUUGCAAGAUUUUUUAUUUAUUUUUUGGUCUUGGGGCUUCUUUGAAUUAUUUUGUCUCAAGAUUUACAUAUCAGAGUUUGAGAAAUGGAAUUGGAAGCUUAUGUA